UUACGUUGUAUCUCGGGAUUGUAUCCAUAAUUCAAUUUGAAAACAGUUAGUGCAGUGUGUUACAUAGCUGAAUACAAUCUUAUUAUACUUUUUACGUUGUUUCUUUAUCGACGUCAUGUUAAAUCCGGCUGUAGCAGUUAUGUUCUUUUUUAACUUGUGUAGUUUACUGUAGGUGUUUAUACUUAAUACUUCCUAUAGAUAUCAGGCGAUUGAAUUUCCUGAAACUUACCUGUGCUUCCUUAAUCGAUAUUUAAAAAUGGAAGACAUUGGUCUAAGUCCAAAGUUCCCAAUGGCUGAAACACUGGAUCCCCUGUCCCCAAGCGUGAAUGCUUCACCUCCUGGACUUAUGCACAAGCUUCGGUCUAGAUUUAGCAGGAACACACCUAUGUCUAGAGCUCCUGGAGAUGGCUAUGUUGAGUUUGGUGAGUUCAGAUCGGAGAGGCCGGGUGUUAAGAAAGUGGGCACUUUUGCUGGUGUGUUCUGCCCAGUUGUCCUCUCUAUGUUCAGUGCACUUGUUUUCAUUCGAAUGGGUUACCUAAUAGGAAAUGCUGGUAUACUAGUAACAUUGGCACAAUUCGGAAUUGCUUAUCUGAUAGUUGGAUUCACAGUGACUUCUAUUUGUGCGAUAUCCACUAAUGGCGCCGUGGAAGGGGGCGGAGUUUAUUUCAUGAUAAGUAGGACUCUAGGUCCAGAGUUCGGUGGAGCCAUUGGGACGCUGUUCUUCUUCGCCAAUGUUGUAUCAAGUGCACUGUGCAUAUCAGCGUGUACAGAAGCAUUGACGGAAAACUUUGGGAUAAACGGCUACCUGGUAGCGGAAGGCACCGGUCUGCGGGGCGGCUACUGGUACCAGUUCCUGUAUCGGUCGACGCUGAACGCUGUGGGGCUCGGCGUGUCAUUGGCUGGGGCUUCGCUCUUCGCCCGCACCAGCCUCGCCACGUGGGUCACCAUGGUGGUGUGCCUGGCCAGCGCGCUGAUCAGCUUCUUCGUCACUAAGCCGAUGAUUAUCGACAGGCCAUCAUCAAACUCGAUAUCAAACAUUACCAACUUUACAUACACGGGGCUGAGUAUGGAGACAUUCAAGGAGAAUCUUUACCAGGACUACGGGAGGGACUACAACACACCCAAUGGUGACAUGGUGGACUUUGCCUCGGUGUUCGGAGUGCUAUUCACAGGAGUGACUGGAGUCAUGGCUGGAGCUAAUAUGAGUGGUGAACUAAAGAAUCCGUCCCGCAGUAUACCGGCCGGCACGCUGGCAGCACUUCUGUUCACAGCGGUGGCGUACGUAGCGCUGACAUUACUGACUGGAGCGACGUGCUCGCGAGGACUGCUUAUUAAUGACUACGUGUAUCUACUGCCUAUUAAUAUAUGGCCGCCUUUUAUAGCUGUUGGUAUGUUGGUGGCGACAUUUUCUGCCGGUUUGUCCAAUUUAAUCGGUGCUUCCAGAGUUCUAGAAGCCUUGGCUAAAGAUAAUAUAUUUGGUUUCCUUCUCCGUCCAAUGGUGUCUGAAUCUGGCAACCCGGUGGCUGCUGUCAUUGCUUCCUGGCUUCUCGUGCAAAUUGGAAUUAUGGCCGAUUCCCUAAAUGACAUUGCUCAGGUGAACUCUGUGCUGUUUAUGACGAGCUAUUUUGCCAUCAACCUCGCUUGCUUGGGUCUGGACUUAGCUUCGGCCCCUAAUUUUAGGCCGACCUUCAAGCAGUUUUCAUGGGUGACAUCACUAGCGGGUCUGUGCGGGUGCGCCACGCUCGUGUUCGCUCUGCGUCCCGCGUACGCGUGCGGCGUCGCGCUCGCAGCUUGCAGUUUAGUUGUCGCUCUACACUUCCUGUCGCCGGCCGCCGCUGAUCCCAAGUGGGGUAGUCUCAGCCAGGCGCUCAUAUUCCACCAGGUCCGCAAGUAUCUGCUUCUGCUGGACCCGCGACGGGAGCACGUCAAGUUCUGGCGGCCGCAGAUGCUGCUGCUCAUCUCCUCCCCGCGCCAGGCCGCACCGCUCAUUGACUUCGUCAACGACCAGAAGAAGGGUGGUCUAUUCGUGAUCGGCAACGUGACGGUCGGCCGUCUGAACGGCACCGGCGACCCGCUGGCCGAAGAUCAUAAGUACUGGCUCAAACUUAUUGACCAUUUGAAGGUGAAGGCGUUCGUAGAACUGUGUCUGGCUGAGUCUGUGCGCGCCGGCGCGGCGCAGUUGACGCGACUGUCGGGUCUGGGCGCGAUGAAACCUGAUACCGUGCUACUGGGCUUCCGUGAUACAGCACCACCUAGAGACUUCUUCUUGGACCCAACAUCGCCAUACAAGACGGAAGAAUUCGAUCUAGACACCGAGCACAUAUUCCCCGCUCGCAAGACCGCCUCACUCCUGUCCGCCGGCGAGUACGUCGGCAUCGUGUCGGACGUGCUGUGCGUACGCAAGAACGUGUGUCUGUGCCGCAACUUCCACACGCUGGACAUGGCCGCUGUCGAAAGACGGUCGGCACACCUGCAGCACAUCGACGUGUGGCUGGUGGAGCCGCUGUGCCCGCACGCGGACCCGUUCACGGUGCGCGCGCUGUUCGCACUGCAGCUGGCGGCGGUGGUGCGAUCGGCGCGAGGCUGGACGCACCUGCGGCUGCGCGUGCACGUCGUCGAGUCACAUCGCACUGCGCCGCCCACCGCAUCUGACCCCAACAUACCGCAGCUGACCCAAAGUCUUCCCGUACUCAACCGACUGGACCAGCUGCUCAAACUGCUCCGGAUCAACGCUACUACUCAUAGUGUAAAGGACUGGCCCGAGCUACCAGACCGGUUGAAUGACAGCGCUGAUAGCGGUCUGUACCAUCGUAUACCCGUCAACUAUUUACAGAAAGUGAACAACAUCCUGAAGUCUCGCAGCUCGGGCACCGCAGUGACGUUCGUGCAGUUGCCGGCGCCGCCGCCCGCAGCCGCCGACGCUGACGAAGACCUCAGCGAACAGUAUUUGAAGGUAUUAGACGAAAUGACGAAGGAUCUGCCGCCGACGAUUCUCGUGCGAGGCCUCAAGUCCGUGACGUCAACGGCGCUCUAACCACAAUCUUAUGACUCAAUUAUACCCGCUAAAGGAGCGACAAACUGCUUAGUUUGGUCGUAGAUAGUUUCUCCAUAAACGCCCAAAACACUUUCUCUAGAUACAUCCAUAGAGAAAAUGUCCGAAUGUUUUGUCUGUUUCGGAUCUACCAUAUUAUAUCUUUGUUUACGCAUCAACUAUUAUGUUUUCUAUGACUGAACCGUGCAGAUUUACUGUAUGUGGUAGGACUUAGAUAGAAUAAUUUCCACUGUUUAUACUACUAGGAUUACUAAAACUAA